CAAUGGCGGCCUCCUUCACCCUCAGCUCCGCGGUGCUCCGCAGGGCGCUGCACGGAGCUCUGGGCCUGCAGUGCCGGGCACAAGGAGCUCCUGCCAGGCUCAGGUUCCUCUGUAGUGCUGCUCCAGAAGAAAAGAAGACAGGAAUAAUAGAGUCCACGGAGGAAUACGCCUUCGUGGAGCGGCUCAUCCCGCUGUCACGGGUCCCUUCUCCGCCUAAACACGCCGGUCCCACUCCGUCUGGAUGGAUCCCUGCAGCGGACUCACCGCCGCCUCUGCCCUACAUGAUCCGCCGCUCCCGAAUGCACAACAUCCCGGUGUACACCGACCUGACCAGCAGCAACCGCAGGACCACGCUCGUACGGAAAGUGGAGGGGGACAUUUGGGCUCUGGAGAAGGACGUGAAGCAGUAUCUGAAGGAGGUGACGGGGACAGAGCUGCCCACCCAGGUCAAUGAGGUCACCAACACCCUGACGGUCAAAGGUCACUUCGAUAAGGAGCUGAAGGACUGGUUGGCCGGUAAAGGCUUCUGAGCCCGAGGUGGCUGCAGGACCGUCACAGACCGAGCUCAGGUGGAGCCACUGAGUAUCUGCUGCCUACACUGAGACUCACUGUAGUGUAGAACCAUGAGGAAGAGGUUUGAUCCCUGCACCUUCAGUGAACUCUUCCCCACCAGAGACAUGUUGAAGCCGUUGGAUCAUAAUGUGUGUAAUGGUGUAUAUACUUGAGUGUAAUGAAUGUAACAGUAAAUGUCAAAGCGAUGCCCACUGCCUGCUGUUGUUAUUCCACUGAAUCCAGACAUGACACUGGCUUUAUCUGAAAUCCACACCUGUUUGAGGUUCUCCUGCAGACAGUUUGGCUUUCUUCUUUAUUGAAUUAAAGGUGUGGGGUAAAACGUUUUAUCAAUCCAGGUGAUAUUUAAUUUAAAAUUGUUAAUAUAAAAAACAGCAGGGAGGCUGAUAACCAGAAUCCAAAAUAUUUAAAUUUAGAUUUUGUGCAAAUACAAAUUAGGGUGAAAAGGAGGAAUGUGGAACUCAGUUAUUCUUAUCCAAACCUGCCUAUCUAGAAUGGGCUGUUUGCUUGUCCUGUUGAAAAACUGAUUUCUUUAAACUAAAUUAUUUGAGCCUGUAAAGCACUUAGCGACCUGUACAAAUAAAAAAUUCUUACUAAAAUGCAA